UGAGAUUGGAGGGUUUUUGGAGGCUCACAGCAGCAGUAUUAGUAGCAGUAGCAGCAGUAAAGCUGUGUACCUGCAGCACACCUGAUCCCCACGCAGCCUCACUCAGCCCUGCACUGCGCAUGCGCGGCGCACGCUCACCCACUUGCACACUGUCAUGGCGGCGGCGAGCCGGACUCGAGCGAUUCAGGAAGAGAUGGCGCUCUGAAAAGAAGGGGAAAAAAAACUCCGAGAAGAACUGCGAGCUCGCCUGGAGGACUCGUGGCAGCCGCGGGAGGAUAUCUAUUCCCGUUUCGGAGUGCUUUUAGCUGACGGAGAGAGACAGAGUGAGUGAGUGUGUGUACGUGUGAGUGUGUGAGAGAGAGAGAGAGAGCUCAUUAUCCUGCUCUGAAGAAGAAGAAGAGGUGAAGCUCAGUUUCCUCUCCGUCCAAACAACAAAAUUCAUAAUGAUUUCCUACUUUAGUGUUUCCUAACUAACAAACAUUGCUUUCCUUCAUUCUUGCCGUUCUUUAGCACUCUUGUAGCCCUCCUUAUACACUUCCUCAUAGACCCACUGGAAGUGCUGAGCGUCUGCGCGCGAGCUGAAAUAUCACCUGUUCAUAUUACCUGUGGUCUCACCUGUAGUACCACUCGUGUUUCCAGACUUCCGGCAGUUGAUGGAGAGCGGGUUUUAAAGCUUCUCUUCGAAACACAGAGCUUAAUCCUGCACGUCCGAGGUGCUAUUUUAAACCUGAGUCACCUUGAAGAGGAACAGGUGUCUCACCUGGUAUGGCGGAGGACAAAGCGCCCUCUGGUGGAGGGGGCAUGACGCCCACAGUGCCCAUCAGGGGCAUCCGAAUGAAGUUCGCUGUGCUGGAGGGACUGGUCGAGGCCGGAGAGGUGAUGAACCGAGACAUCGUGGAGACGGUGUUCAACUUGCUGGUCGGCGGUCAGUUUGACCUGGAGAUGAACUUCGUGAUCCAGGAGACGGAGAGCAUCGUGUGUAUGGUGGCCCUGUUGGAUAAGUGUGAGGUGACCUGUCAGGCCGAGGUGUGGAGCAUGUUCACGGCCGUGCUGAAGAAGAGCGUGAGGAACAUGCAGGCCUGCACCGACGUGGGCCUCAUCACGCUGGUCCUGCAGAGGAUCGACAGGACGGACAGCAUGAUCGCAGACCUGCUGGUGGACAUGUUGGGCGUGUUGGCGAGUUACAGCAUCACAGUGAAGGAGCUGAAGCUCUAUUUCAGUAAACUGCAGGGAGAGAAAGGACAGUGGCCUCCUCAUGCCGUGAAGCUGCUCUCCGUGUUGAAGUCCAUGGCCCAUCGCUCCGGCCCUGACGCGUUCUUCACUUUUCCUGGAAAGAGCGCCGCGGCCAUAGCGCUUCCGCCGAUCGCUAAAUGGCCGUACCAGAACGGCUUCACCUUCCACACCUGGCUGCGUCUGGAUCCCAUGAACAACAUCAAUGUAGAUAAAGACAAGCCUUACCUGUACUGUUUUCGGACGAGUAAAGCUAUGGGUUAUUCGGCCCAUUUUGUUGGCGGAUGUCUGAUUGUUACUGCAUUAAAAGCCAAAGGGAAAGGGUUCCAGCACUGCGUCAAGUUCGACUUCAAACCCCAGAAGUGGUACAUGGUGACCAUCGUACAUAUCUACCAUCGCUGGAAGAACAGUGAAAUUAGCUGCUAUGUGAACGGAGAGCUGGCGUCUUUCGGAGAGAUCACGUGGUUCGUCAACACCAGUGACACGUUUGAUAAAUGUUUUCUGGGGUCGGCGGAGACGGCGGACGCUAACCGUGUGUUUUGCGGUCAGAUGGGGGCGGUGUAUCUGUUCAAUGACGCCCUCAACGCCGCACAGAUCUUCGCCAUCUAUCAACUAGGCCCCUCCUACAAGGGAGUGUUUAAGUAUAAAGCAGAAAGCGACCUGCUGUUCGCGGAUCAUCAUAAAUCUCUGCUGUACGACGGCAAACUGAGCAGCAGCAUCGCCUUCACCUACAACCCCCGAGCUACAGACGCCCAGCUUUGUCUCGAGUCAUCACCCAGAGACAACAUGUCCAUCUUCAUACACUCUCCUCACGCCCUGAUGCUGCAGGAUGUGAAGGCUGUAGUCACUCACUCGGUUCAGAGUGCUGUUCACUCCAUCGGAGGAGUGCAGGUUCUUUUCCCCCUCUUCACUCAGCUGGACUUUGUGCAGCCAAACAGCGAAGAGCCUGACAUCUCUGUCUCCUGCACUCUGUUGUCGUUCCUGCUGGAGUUGUUGAAGUCGUCCGUAGCGAUGCAGGAGCAGAUCCUCACCUGUAAGGGCUUCCUCGUCGUCGGAUAUUCCCUGGAGAAGUCUUCCAAAGUCCAUGUAAUGAGGCCUGUGCUGGACAUCAUUCUGUCAUUUGCUCGGUAUCUGAGUAACCUCCCCAACGGCAUCUUACUGCUCAAACAGCUGUGUGAUCACAUCCUGUUCAACCCAGCCAUCUGGAUACACACACCAGCCAAGGUGCAGCAGGUCUUGUACACAUAUUUGGCCACUGAAUUCAUCAGCACAGUGACGAUCUACAACGCCGUGCGGCGGGUGGGAACCGUCCUGCAGGUCAUGCAUACGCUCAAAUAUUAUUACUGGGUGGUUAAUCCACAGGACCGCAGCGGAGUGAUUCCUAAAGGCCUUGAUGGUCCGAGGCCCAAUCAGAAGGAGAUCCUCUCUCUCCGAGCAUUCCUGCUGCUCUUUGUCAAACAGCUCAUUAUGAAGGACUUGGGAGUGAAGGAAGAUGAGCUGCAGAGCAUCUUAAACUACCUGCUCACCAUGCACGAGGAUGAUAACCUGAUGGAUGUCCUGCAGCUGCUCGUGGCGUUGAUGUCCGAACACCCCAGUUCCAUGGUGCAGGCGUUCGAUCAGCGCAACGGCAUCCGGGUAAUUUACAAACUGUUGGCGUCUAAAAGUGAAGGGAUUCGAGUGCAGGCUUUAAAAGUGUUGGGUUAUUUCCUCCGACAUUUACAGCCCAAGAGGAAGUGCGAGGUCAUGCUGAGUCACGGUUUAUUUUCGCUCCUGACGGAACGUCUGCUGCUGCACUCCAGUCAGUUCUCCAUGACCACCUACAACGUCCUGUUCGAGGUAAUGACGGAGCAGAUCUGCACGCAGGUGAUCCACAGGCAGCACCCUGAACCCGACUCCACCAUCAAAAUCCAAAACCCACAGAUCCUAAAGGUGAUUGCGGCUCUGCUGAAGAACAGCACGUGUCCGGACAGCAUGGAGAUUCGCCGAGUGUUUCUGUCCGACAUGAUCAAACUGUUUAACAGCAGCCGAGAAAACAGGAGGAGUCUCCUGCAGUGCUCGGUGUGGCAGGAGUGGAUGCUCUCUCUCUGCUUUAUAAAUCCGAGCAGCGGCGAGGAGCUGAAGAUCACAGAGAUGGUGUACACCGUCUUCCGCAUCCUCCUCUAUCACGCCAUCAAGCACGAGUGGGGAGGCUGGCGCGUGUGGGUCGACACACUCUCCAUCACACACUCCAAGGUCACCUUCGAGCAGCACAAAGAGAGCUUAUCCCACGUUUUUCAUGAAUACCAGCGGAUGGGUUCCGACGGCGACGCUCGGGUCAGAACCGUUUCCGGGUCGAGCAGGAACAGCGAACUUUCUGCAGAGCCAGCACAAACUCCGCUAGAACCUCCAUCCACCAUUAUCGAGCUAAAGGUGGAGGAGCAAAUCUGUGGAGAACAUGAUGAACACGAGGAAAGAGCGCAAGUCACCGUUUCAAACAUCUUAGCCAGAGCUGAAGAAGAGGACAUGAAAGAUGAGGACGAAAAAGCCUCAGUUCAGAAGAAACAGGAUGAAGGUGAAUCGGAGGCACCCGAAGAGACGCCGAAGAAGGAGGAGCACGACCAGGAAGCAGUGGGGGGAAAGGAUACAGAAAGGGAAGAUGUGGAGGAAAAGACAGAUGCUGGUAAAGAGGUUGAUGAAGACAAGAGUGAAGCAGAUGAUCGUAAAAGCACAGAAGCAAGCAGCCAGAAGUUCGAAGAUGAUCCGGAAGCUAACGCGGAGAAGAUCUCGGAAAAACAAGAGGACCAACUCGGAACUGCGGAUGAAAUGGAAAUGACAUCUGACCCAGGUGAAGGAGGAAACGAAUCAGAAAGAGGAGAGGCUCCUGAGAAGAAAGAUGAGAUAGUUGAGGCUCUUUCUGAGACUUCAGUCCAUGGAGAUGGUGAAGAGAGAGAACAGAGAGAGGAGAAGAAAUCUGAGAUCUCUGUGGAGGGCCCCAGGACAGAGGAGAGCCCCGGUGUGGAGAAAGGUCCCGACAUAGAGGUGCAGGCCGAUGUGGAGGUGAGCCCCAGCACAGAGGUGGUCCUAAGUGGAGACAAAGGUCCAAGUGUCCAGGGAGUCCCCAGUGCACAUGAGGGUCAAGAGGGCCCCAGCGUGGAGAAAAGCCCCAACUCGCAGGAGGUUCCCAGUGUCCAGGAGAGCCCUAGUGCGGAGGUGAGCCCUAGCACAGAGGAAGGCUCAAGUAUCCAAGAGAGUCCCAGUGCGGAGAAAAGCCCCAGCGAACAAGAUGGUCCUAGUGUCCAGGAGAGCCCCAGUGCGGAGAAAAGCCCCAGCCCCCAGGAGGGUCCUAGUGUCCAGGAGAGCCCCAGUGCGGAGAAAAGCCCCAGCCCCCCGGAGGGUCCUAGUGUCCAGGAGAGCCCCAGUGCGGAGACGAGCCCUAGCACGGAGGAGGGCCCGAGCGCUCAAGGGGUCCCCAGUGCGGAGGCAAGUCCCAGCCCACAGGACGGUCCUGGUGUCUCAGAGAGCCCCAGUGUGGAGACAGGCUUCAAGCCCAAAGAUAUUAAAAUCGCUAGAUUGGACGUCUCCAGCGUGGCUAUAGACACGGAACGACUGGAGCUGAAAGGCACCUCAGCUGCUGAUGGAGGUCAAGCCCAAGGGGCGGCCGGCACGUCUGCGCAGAACCGAGACGGUUCUGCAUCCUCCUCUCGUUCCAGCAUGUUCCGUAUCCCGGAAUUCAAGUGGUCUCACAUGCACCAGCGCCUGCUGACCGACCUGCUGUUCUCCAUCGAGACGGACGUGCAGAUGUGGAGGAGCCACUCCACUAAGACGGUGAUGGACUUUGUGAACAGCAGCGAGAAUGUGGUGUUUGUGCACAACACGGUGCAUCUGAUCUCUCAGGUGUUGGAUAAUCUGAUCAUGGCGUCUGGAGGAAUCCUGCCUCUGCUCUCUGCGGCCACUUCAUCCACGCAUGAGUUGGAGGUGAUCGAUGCAUCUCAGGGUCUGGAAGUGGAAGCGUCUCUGUCCUUCCUACAGCGUCUCAUCUCUCUGGUGGACGUCCUGAUCUUAUCCAGCACUCUGAACUUCACCGAGAUCGAGGCGGAGAAGAACAUGACGUCGGGAGGAGUGCUGAGACAGUGCUUACGCCUCGUGUGCACUAUGGCUGUGAGGAGUUGUUUGGAGUGUCAGCAUCAGUCUCGCUGUAAAGCCGGAAUAGAGAAAACUCAGCAAGGCCUUCUGGGAAAUGCGAAGUUUAUUCCAGCACAGAGUCCAGUUGACAUGUUAACGGGGAGGAUCUCUCCAAUCUCAGAUGUGGAACUUCUGCUGCAGGACAUGGACAUCAACCGUCUCCGCGCCAUCGUGUUCAGAGACAUUGACGACAGUAAGCAGGCUCAGUUUUUGGCUCUGGCUGUUGUUUACUUCAUCUCUGUUCUCAUGGUGUCUAAAUACCGAGACAUUCUGGAGCCGCACAACGACAAGAGAGUCAACACACACACUUCUCGGAGCACAGAGAGCGUCAGUUCUGACUUGGAAAAGUCCUCCCCCCUCCAACGACGUGACUCCGCCCCGCGCUCACCUGUUGCCCCGAGCGCUUCGGAAGCCCACUCUGCUCCGGACGCCAUCUCCGAGGCCCUGUCCACGUUGUCGUCUGAGGUCAAAGGUCACGAGGAUACAGACAAGGAUAAAAAGGGAAAGAGUGUAAAGGUGAAGGACAUUCUGCGGAGCCUGGUAAGCUCCGCCCCUGCAGAUGAUGUCAUUGUGGACGCAAGUCUCUUACCACCAACGUUUUUGGGGAAGCAAGAACUCCACGCCCAGUUCAGCUCAUUCGACAGGAGUGUUGUUGUGGCGUCUAAGAAAGCAGGCGGAGCUCCUUCAGCAGGCCCCGCCCCCUCCUCCUCCUCCUCCUCCUCCAUCGUCCCACAAUCCACCACUGCAUCCUCAGGUGGAACUCCAGUCAUCAACGUUGCUGUGGUUUCCGCAGGUGACUCCGCCCCGAGCGGUGCUGUGGAGUCAGGAGGAGCAGAGGCUGCUUCAAACCUGCCAUCUGUUCCGCUCUCACCCACCACCACCCUGAGUAUCUCGGAGCGACUGGAACAUGCUCUGGAGAAAGCUGCUCCGUUACUGCGGGAGAUUUUCGUGGACUUCGCUCCGUUCCUGUCCCGAACUUUACUCGGGAGCCACGGACAGGAGCUACUCAUCGAGGGAACGAGUUUGGUGUGUAUGAAAUCCAGUAGCUCUGUAGUGGAGCUCGUCAUGCUGCUAUGUUCUCAGGAAUGGCAGAACUCCAUCCAGAAGAACGCAGGUUUAGCCUUCAUCGAGCUCGUCAACGAGGGAAGGUUGCUGAGUCACACAAUGAAGGAUCACCUCGUCCGUGUUGCGAACGAGGCCGAGUUCAUUCUGAGUCGACAGAGAGCUGAGGACAUACACAAACACGCUGAUUUUGAGUCUCACUGUGCUCAGAACGCUGCAGAGAAGCGCGAAGAGGAGAAGAUGUGCGAUCACCUGAUCCGAGCCGCAAAAUACCGUGAUCAUGUGACCGCGACACAGCUCAUUCAGAAGAUCAUCAACAUCCUGACUGACAAACAUGGAGCCUGGGGAAGCUCCGCCCACAGUAAGCAGUGUUUUUGGCGUUUGGAUUUUUGGGAGGAUGAUCUGAGGAGACGUCGUCGCUUGAUCAGGAAUCCGUUCGGGUCGUCACACUCGGAGGCCACACUCAAAUCUGCAGCUGAGCAUGCUCCGGGGGACGACGUGCUGAAGGGGCAGCAGCUCAGGAAAGACACGGCGAGGAAUCAGAGCACCGAGAACGAGAGCUUGACCGACGGAGACGACGACACGAUCUCGUCUCUGGAGGAGAAAGAGUUGGACAGUCUCACAGGCACGGUGUCUUUCAGCACGGUAGCCGAGCUGGUCUCUCCCGCACUCGUCAUGAAAGGAACUCUGUCCAUCACGGCUAAUGAGCUUUACUUCGAGGUGGAUGAAGAUGAGGCGAACUUCAAGAGCAUCGACCCCAAGUUGUUGGCCUAUGCAGAUGGACUGCACGGGAAGUGGAUGUUCUCGGAGAUGCGAGCGAUCUUCUCGCGGCGGUUCCUCCUGCAGAACACGGCACUGGAGAUCUUCAUGGCCAGUCGGACCUCGGUGAUGUUUAACUUUGCUGAUGCUGCAACAGUAAAGAAAGUCGUUUACGUGCUGCCUAGAGUCGGAGUCGGCACCAACUUCGGCCUCCCUCAGACCAGGCGGCUUUCUCUAGCAACUCCAAAACAGCUAUUUAAAGCCUCCAACAUGACUCAGCGCUGGCAGAAACGCGAAAUCUCCAACUUCGAGUACCUCAUGUUCCUCAACACCAUUGCAGGCCGCACUUAUAACGACCUGAAUCAGUAUCCUGUGUUUCCCUGGAUCAUCAGCAACUACGACAGCGAAGAGCUCGACCUCACACUGCCCAGCAACUACAGAGACCUGAGCAAGCCGAUCGGAGCCCUGAACCCAAAGAGAGCCGCUUUCUUCUCCGAACGCCAUGAAUCAUGGGAAGACGAGCAGGUCCCCAAGUUCCACUACGGCACACACUAUUCCACGGCCAGCUUCACCAUGAUGUGGCUGUUGAGGAUCGAGCCAUUCACUACGUUCUUCCUCAACUUCCAAGGAGGGAAGUUUGAUCAUGCAGACCGAACCUUCUCCUCCAUCGCCAGGGCCUGGAGGAACUGUCAGAGAGACACGUCUGACGUGAAGGAGCUGAUCCCGGAGUUCUUCUACCUGCCAGAGAUGUUCAUUAACGCUAACGACUAUAAUCUGGGAGUGAUGGAUGAUGGGACAGUGGUGGGUGAUGUCGAGCUGCCGCCGUGGGCCAAGAGUCCGGAGGACUUUGUCCGCAUCAACCGCAUGGCACUGGAGAGUGAGUUUGUGUCGUGUCAGCUCCAUCAGUGGGUGGAUCUGAUCUUCGGCUAUAAGCAGCGUGGACCUGAAGCUGCUCGCGCCCUCAACGUCUACUACUACCUCACCUACGAGGGGGCGGUGAACCUCAGCUCCAUCACUGACCCGCUGCUGAGAGAGGCUGUAGAGUCUCAGAUCCGCAGUUUUGGUCAGACGCCGUCUCAGCUGCUGAUCGAGCCUCAUCCACCUCGGAGCUCCGCCAUGCAGAUGACCCCAAUGAUGUUUACGGAGCAGAUGCAGCAGGAUGUGAUCAUGGUGCUGAAGUUUCCCUCCAACUCUCCGGUGGUGUACGUGUCGGCCCACACUCAGGCCGGUCUGGCCAACUCUGCCAUCGUCACCGUCACCGCCAAUCGUAUCUUCUCCAUCAACAAGUGGCACGGCCUCAGCGGUCACCAGAGCUCUUCGAAUGCGGAGCAGCAGUACCAGCUGCCGGUGGAGAUCGACCCUGUGAUAGUGAGUAACCUGAUGCACCGCAGACAGGUGUGUGAUUUAUUGGAUCAGAGUGUGGAGGUGAACUCGCACUGUUUCCUCGUCUCGGCCGAUAAUCGCUUCCUCUUCAUCGCCGGCUUCUGGGACAAGAGCUUCCGCAUCUACAACACCGACACGGGGAAGCUGGUGCAGAUCGUGUUCGGUCACCGUGACGUGGUGACGUCUGUGUUUCGGUCCGAGUCGUACAUCGGAGGCGACUGCUACGUGCUGAGCGGCUCGAGAGACGCCACACUGCUGCUGUGGUACUGGAGCGGGAAACACUGCUGCAUCGGUAACACACACAGUGAAUUUGUGACUCCCCGAGCGAUUCUGACGGGCCACGACUGUGAAGUGAGCUGUGCAAGUGUGUGUGCGGAGCUUGGAGUGGUCAUCAGUGGUUCCAAAGACGGCCCGUGUCUGUUACACUCGGUGAGUGGAGAGCUGCUGCGUGUGUUUGAGAGCAGCGAGAGGCCGAUGCUGAUGCAGGCGAGUGCGGAGGGACACUGCGUCAUCUACUAUACCUCCGGACAUGUGUGUGUAUACAGCAUCAACGGUAAACUGCUGUGCGACACACACAUCGAGGACAACAUCAGGGCUAUGUUAUUGAGUAGUAAUGGUCAGUACCUGCUGUGUGGAGGAGAGCGGGGGGUUCUCACUGUGUGGCAGCUCCAUGAUCUCAAACAGCUCUUCAGUUAUCCAGGCUGCGAUGCUGCCAUUCGCUCCAUGGCCUUGACCACCGACCAAAGAUGUAUCAUUACCGGCAUGGCGUCUGGUAGCAUCGUUCUCUUCUACAACGACUUCAACAGAUGGCACCAUGAGUACCGAACCCGGUACUGAUGUCUGUCACCACGGUGGCACGUCGUGACCGUGGCGACCCCCCGGUGACCGCGACGACGGCCGAGUCGAACCCUGAACACUGAAUGUAAUCAGAAUAGCGUAGUUAUUUUUAAUAAAGAGUGUUGCUAAAUAAAGUUUUGUAGAUCUUCUAGGAUUUUCUGAUUAAAUAUGAAAUCUAUUUUUAGCUCUAUUUUCACCUUGACGCUAAUGUGAACACACACACAUAUAUAUAUAUAUAUAUAUAUACACACACACAUAUAUAUUAGGUAUGUGCCGAUACUUACUGUUAAUAUUGCUGUAAUUUAAUCAAGGCUCAAUCUGAUCACGAUAUUGUUUUGUUAAUAAAGGACUACUGUCUGCCAUGUUGUAAGACACCUGUCCCUGUACUGCCUCCUAAUGGGAAACGCUUCAUCUCUGUUCUACGCAAAGCAUCUGUAAUAACACUGCAAACUGCACAGCAAAUAUCGCCACGUACCCUACCGUAACCGAUUAUCGGCACAUCCCUAAUGGGGUCCCUUUAUGUGUGUGUCUCUGGGUGAGUGGGAUGAUUUUUUUUUUUUUUUUGUCUUUAACGCUGUGACUGUUAUCUUCAGCAAACUCUAAUUCUGUUUAAAGGGAGAAUAAAAGCUCAAAAUGUCCACUGCAGAGUAACGAUUCAGCUGCCUAAAUUCAAGAUAGUAUCAGCACUCGCUCACGGAUCAUCACCGACGUCGCCGGACGCUCGCGCUAGUAAGCAACGUUCCAUGCAAAUGAGGUAGGACGUGGUAAAGCAUGAAGCCGACCAGUUUUUACUCCGAUCAGUUCGUCGGUUCGUUUGCCUCUAAGUAGUUAGCGGGUAGUUUCUCACCUGAGCCACGCCCACAAGCGACACCGAUAAAGAUAGCUGAAUGUCAUUUGCUGGUCUGACCGUAGUUAUUUAGUAACCGUAACUCAAUGCAACGUUAAGAUCAUAAACUUUGACUGCAAUUGACUACACAUCACCAUUUACGAACGGUUAUACCAGUUGAAGGGGCGGGGCCAAGCUGAUUGUCAAAUGAAUUUAAGUUCAAGCUAAUUACAGACUUCAUCAUGUGACUUCACAUUGUUGGUGUAAACCGUCAAAUUUAAGAAUGCUCUACUAGUUAGCCUACGUUGAGCCAGCACUAAAGCAAUAACGUUAAAAAUGUACAUUGUGCGAUCGAAGCCGAGUUUUAGGCUAAGCACGUCGAGCACAACGUGACGUCAUGUGAUCAGUUCUCGAACGGCAGAUCAGACUUGACUUAAGCUCCGCCCUCAUUGUCCCAGACACACCUGAACCGUUAAAACUUGUGACGUGAAAGUGUGAAUUACGAUUCGCAAGCGGCGGGAGCUUUAAGGCCGAAAGGGGAAUUACAUCAUAAAAUUAUUCGCGUACGAUUAUUUCAGAGACGUGACUCUAUAGCGAUUAUCCGUUGAGAGCGGCCUCCGUGAUGAUCUGUGCUCUCCGUUUGUUUAUUAAAGGGCUGUAAUUUGAACAUUAGCAGAAAAUUAGCAUUGGUGAUAUCAUUUAGCUUGUGUGUGUGUGGAGGGGGUGAUUCGAUUGAAUUGCAUGAUAUAUUCUUCUUAUUAUUAUUAUCAUUUUUGUCUUUUGGGGUUUUUUUUUUUUUUUAAACAUAUUUCAUAUCUGUCAAUCCACCAGACCUGUCCUGGUGUGUCUUACUGUAACCGCAGACCUACCUGAACAGGAAGUGAUGUCAUCAAUAAAAUCUCUUGAAGCUUAAUUAGUUUAAUACUUGCACUAUGAAAGAAAGCUGAGAUGAUGUUCACUGCAUGAAGUGUGCACUUGCUGAAAUACCAACCCUAAAACGAAACACUGGAGCGUGGUGACUAGGCACGUGCCGAUAUCGUGAUAACGUUUCGUCGCGGUUCGCGAUACUCUUUUCUCAUUCCCUUCUAUCUAAAGUGAGAACCCUUAAAAGACUGCGAUCUUUGCUCUGCCUUCUGAUUGAGACACAGCCGAAACAUGCUGUCUAAUCAGGCAGCCUCUUCCCGUAUAGAGCUCACAGAGAGGGGUGAUAUUUCACCGUGUCCCCAAUAUCGGCACAUGCCUAGUGGUGAUGACAGUAACGCCUACUCACUGUUUCUUCUUGUUUGAUUAUUAUUAUUAUUUUAUUUUUUUUGUGAAUUAUAUUUUGUUUCCAUGACAAUCAGAGUGGAAAUGUGUGUGAUGAAAUUGAAAUAAUAAAACAGAGUUUUAUAAGCGAA